AUGCUGUCCGUAUCUGCAAGCAAGGAGGGGCGUAGUGCGGAAGGGCGGAAAUGGUUGCGAGGAUCCCAGAAAGAAAGAGGAGGAGACGUGCUGUGUGACGAGUGGUUCCGUAUUGGGCUCAAUUUUGGCAAUAUGCCGGUCAGUUUGUGGACGCUGAUCUUCCACGGAAGUUUGGCUGCCCUGUUCGCCUUGUACUUCGUGUUCUGGCUUCAGCUCAACAUGUUUGAGACAGUGAAGUAUUUAGCCGUCGUUGGUGGCUUGACCUACUUAGCUGGUAACCGUGUCUUAAGGGCGAUAGCCGAUAAAAGAAAGUGA